AUGAAGCGCUAUCCAAGGCUCUCCAAUCGCAAACCUGAAAAUACAAGUAUAACUAGAUCUUCAGCUUUCAACAGAGCCAAUGAGGAGGAAUUUUUCAAUAAUUAUGCCUCAGUGCAGGCGACAUGUAAUUUUUCACCAGAUCGUAUAUGGAACACUGAUGAAACGGGUAUAACCACAGUCCUUCAAGCACCGAGAGUGAUAGAAGAAACAGGAACAAAAGCUGUAGGACAAUCCGUAUCCGCUGAACGAGGAUCUCUUGUCACGAUAUGUGGAAUAAUAUCGGCUGUCGGGGCUUCAAUUCCACCUCUUUAUAUCUUUCCUCGUGUGAGGAUGAAGGAUCAGUUCUUGUACGGUGCUGUUCCUGGGGCUGUUGGUUAUGCUGAGAAAUCAGGAUGGAUGUCGACCAGAGUGUUUCUCAAACUGUUAGAGCAUAUACAAAAACAUACGAACAGUGGCCUCUCAAAUAAAAUUCUGCUGCUGAUGGAUAAUCACGAAACGCACGUCUCUAUUGAUGCCAUCUUGUAUGCAAGAGAACAAGGAAUUGUAUUAUUGUCGUUCCCGCCACAUUGCACACAUAAAAUGUAG